UCAGAGUCGUCCGUCGGUCCCACAGGGGGUCUGUUCGAAAAGUUCGUUCGACGAGGAUUUUCAUUCCUUCAGAGUCAUUAAACCGGUCGCAGUAGCAGUGACACUUUGACGAUUUUCUUAAAAACUACUAACCUCUAAAUUUCCCCGUUAACAAAAAUGUCGAGUUCAACAUAUAAAAAGGUGACACACUGCAUUUUCGAUAUGGAUGGUCUGCUGUUGGAUACUGAGAGCGUUUACAAACGAAUAUAUCAAAAAAUAGUGUCAAAAUACGGGCAUUCAUAUGGCGGCGAUUUGGCUUAUCAAGUUCUUGGACGUCCGGAGCUUGUAGGCGCCGAACUUAUUAUUAAUCACUAUAAGCUACCCUUGUCCACUGAAGAAUUUCAAGAGCAGUAUCAUCAAAUGCAGCUCGAAAUGUUCACUGAUGUUAAAUACAUGCCAGGGGCAGAACGACUCUUACGACAUCUGAAAAAUAACAAUAUACCGAUCGCACUAGCAACAAGCUCAACCGAAAAGAGCUACGAACUGAAAACUCAAAAAUCAAAGGACGUUUUUGCACUGUUCCAUCAUCGUGUGCUCGGCGGCUCUGAUCCAGAAGUGAAAAAAGGAAAACCGAGUCCUGAUAUAUUCUUGGUAGCAGCUAAACGUUUUCCCGAUAAUCCAGAUCCAUCAACGUGUCUGGUCUUCGAGGAUGCUCCGAACGGGGUUCAAGCCGCUGUCAAUGCAGGAAUGCAAGUAGUCAUGGUACCGGAUGAGAAUCUACCAAAAAAUUUAACAGAAAAAGCAACUCUAGUCCUGAAGAGCCUUGAGCAAUUUGAACCUGAGAAAUUUGGCCUACCAGCCUUUUAGAAUUAGCUUCCUUCAAAUGAUUUAUUAUAAUAAGAAACAAAAAUACUAAGAGAAAGAUUAAAACAAAAGAGAAAAAUGCUGCGAGCAGCAUGUAUACAGUUCGGUGCCUCACAACAAAGAGAUAUAUACGAAAAAGUGCAACCGUAACUAUUCAAAUUUUUUGUUCAACAAAUGAUUAUCCCUAUAUUUUGAUAAAUAGUUCUAAAAAGUUGUACUAUUCUACCGAAACUACCUAUCAAAUGGCAGCGAUAAGACAAAUGUAUGGUAUAAAAAUUGAGUAUUCCAGGAAAAUGUGAUCAAAUAAAAAGGUCAAAAAACA